AAAUUUACCAAAAAGCCAUCCUGAUUUAGAAAAGGAGAAGAAAAAAGGAAAACAGAAUAACAGAAAACAGAUCCUCUCUUUCCUCAAUUCCCCAAAUUUCUAGGGUUUCUUCCAAUUUGAUUAAAUAAGAAAUCCACAGCUCUAGGCUCUAGCUCAUCUAUUAUCCAUGGAUGCCUCAGCUCCUCAACCUUCCGAUACUGAUAUGAUGGAUGCUGGUAUUCCUCCACCGGAAAAUCCACCUCCGGCAAACGAUCAUUCACAAAUUCCACAACAGCAGCAGAUAAGUAUUCCGGCUACUUUUAGCCAUGGUGGAAGGUUUAUUCAAUACAACAUUUUUGGCAACGUUUUUGAGGUUACUGCCAAGUAUAAACCUCCUAUUAUGCCUAUUGGCAAAGGCGCUUAUGGCAUCGUCUGUUCUGCUUUGAAUUCGGAGACUAAUGAGCAUGUUGCGAUCAAGAAGAUUGCGAAUGCUUUUGAUAAUAAAGUUGAUGCUAAGAGGACUUUGCGUGAGAUCAAGCUUCUUAGGCAUAUGGAUCAUGAAAACGUUGUUGCGAUAAGAGAUAUCAUACCACCUCCUCGAAGGGAAGUAUUUAAUGAUGUAUAUAUUGCAUAUGAACUGAUGGACACUGAUCUUCAUCAGAUAAUUCGUUCUAACCAAGGGUUGUCUGAAGAACAUUGUCAGUAUUUCCUCUACCAGAUACUUCGGGGACUGAAGUACAUUCAUUCUGCCAAUGUUCUUCACAGGGAUUUGAAGCCUAGCAAUCUCUUGCUUAAUGCCAACUGUGACUUAAAAAUUUGUGAUUUUGGACUAGCUCGUGUGACAUCAGAGACAGAUUUUAUGACUGAAUAUGUUGUGACAAGAUGGUAUCGAGCACCAGAAUUAUUAUUGAAUUCUUCAGAUUAUACUGCUGCUAUUGAUGUAUGGUCAGUAGGUUGUAUAUUUAUGGAGCUGAUGGAUCGCAAGCCUCUAUUUCCAGGCAGAGAUCAUGUGCACCAGCUACGCCUGCUUAUGGAGCUGAUAGGCACUCCUUCAGAACAUGAGCUUGGAUUUCUCAAUGAAAAUGCCAAGAGAUAUAUUCGUCAGCUUCCUCAGUAUCAAAAACAGUCUUUAGCUGAGAAAUUUCCACGUGUACAUCCAGCAGCUAUUGAUCUUGUUGAAAAAAUGCUCACAUUUGAUCCUCGACAGAGAAUUACAGUUGAAGAUGCCCUAGCACAUCCUUACCUGAACUCGCUGCACGACAUCAGCGACGAGCCAGUAUGCAUGACCCCAUUUAGCUUUGACUUCGAGCAACAUGCUUUGUCUGAAGAGCAGAUGAGGGAAUUGAUCUAUCGUGAGGCUCUUGCAUUCAAUCCUGAAUUUCAUCAGGCGUGAAGAUCUGCUGCGAUGUUGCUGUUGCUCUAAAUAGCAUCUCUUGAUAUUGUUAUAUCCCUGUCUUGUUUUCUUUGUGUACAUAUAAUGUCCAGCGGGAAAAUGGAUGGAUAUGUAUUUUAGCAUUUGAUUCUGCAUAAUUCAGGGCAUUUAUGAUUGGUUAUAUUGUCUGCAACUCUAUGAGUGUAAUCCUUCUUUCUUUCUUUAAUUUCCUUUUGUAUUUUUUAGGGUUAAAUCUCGAGGUUUUAUCCAAUUUCCCACUCUUCAUUUUCAUGGCUUCACAUUGUAUUAGAUGUUUUGUUAUGAAGGACGAGGCUAAUAAUCCAUUAAUUGAAGUUUCCUUUAUCAGUUCUAGCA